AUGUUAGCAUUGAGACGCUACGCAGAGGCCACCCGACACUAUUGGGCAACAACCAUAAAAAUGGUGAAAACCCAGACAGUAAAAACCUUGGGUCCCCUGGCGACUUUUCAGCGAAAUGACUUACGAAGUUAUAAAGAUUGUCGACGUAAUUAUGAUGCUGCUCAAUCCAAAUACGAUAGCAUUCUCCAAGCCUACGCAAGUAAUUCUAAGAAUAAGGAGGCAUCUGCUCUAAGAGAAGAUGCCUUCCAGCUAUCCGAAGUUCGAAAGGCUUACGUUAAGGCUUGUUUUGACUUAUCAUGUAUUGUAGCAGUUGUAGAGCGUCAUGUAAAUGUCGUUCUAGUGGAUACUCUGGUGGAUCCAUGGAUUUUGAGAAGUAAAUCUCUUGUUGCUGGAGACCCGACUUAUUUCCCUAUGGGGGUCGAUAUGUAUAGAAUCAAGUCUUGGUCGAAGGCGUUAUCGGCGUGUCUUAAGCCUAUUGAAGCAGAAAUGCUGAGACUACGGCAAGAGAUGGAAGAACAAACAAUUACUCGUUCUAUACCUUCUAGAGACUUGAAUGAUUAUAUGCCUCAAAAUUCCACCUUGAGUCACUUCGUACCAAACCUGUCGCCUUCUGCUUAUGCUAGUAAUGAGAAGCAUGGUUGGUUGUUUGUAAAGACAUCAGCCCGAACUGGAAGACACGUUUGGAUCAGAAGAUGGGCAUUUGUUAAAGGCGGAAUUUUCGGCUGGCUUGUUUUGUCUCCAUCAAAAACGUUUGUUCAGGAAACCGAUAAGAUUGGUGUUUUACUUUGCAAUGUUAGUCCGGAGCCAAAUGAGGAUCGUAGGUUUUGUUUUGAAAUUCGCACUAAGGACUCCACGUUAGUUCUGCAAGCGGAUAGUUUAGCAGAACUCAAGUCAUGGCUACAAGUAUUUGAGGUCUCGAAGCGAGAAGCAAUUGAAAAGAUGAAGACCGGCGAUGCAUCCACAGCAUUCCAGCUGAUGCAUCCUUUAAUUCCCGAGUUUGCGUCUGGCUCUAGCCCAUACAACGACGAAGAGACAGUUGGGCUGAAGAGUAAUAAUGGUCCAAAUGCCCCUUCCCGGAAAUCUACCGAUGCUUCGUUCCGACCAGGAACACCGAGCACGGGACAACAACAGCCUAUGAGUGGAUAUUUCUCUGGGGUUGAUGCAAAUAAACUUCAAACAAUGAUGAAUGCCGGGAAGUCAAUGAUUUUGUCGUCUCUCUUGGAUCCUGGUCAGGGUCAAUUUAGUACUCUAGGGACUAGUGAAGCUCCUCUGGCCCCCUUACCUGUUAUUAACACACCAAUGCCAACUUCGAUGACCAAGGAGGCGAUAAUUGCCAAUUCGUUCCUACACCCCACUACCGUACCGUCUGCGUUCACUGCUAACUAUUGGGGAUCAGUCAAUUGGGCAUCAUACCAAAUAGCACAUACCAGUACUAGCUCUUUGUCAGAUUCUUCAAAAUCUUCGGACUCUACUGCUGUUCAGACUCCCGCAAGCUCGAUCGAGUUGGUUGAACCUUACCCAGCAUUCUAUCCCUUAGAAUUGCGAUCCCAAGAUAUUCAAAUGAGAGCGAUAUUCCAAGGUCUAGCUGACCCGGACAAAAAUGACCGAGUAGUUAUGGUGUUCAGAGCACUAUUUCGCCCCAAUCCAAAGCAAGAGCUGCCUGGAAGAGCGUUUGUCACAACUAAGUUCAUAUACAUGUAUUCAUGCUCUUUCGGCUUCACCAUUUUAGAGAAAAAGCCCAUAUCACGCAUGGUGAGUAUCGAGGGUAGUAGUAGUACCGGUUGGGAUUCGCUUUACCUGCUUACCGAGAAAGGAGAGAGCUUGUCAUGUAGAGUAUUCAUUGAUGCUGGAAGAUUAAUAAAGCGUCGUGUACAGUAUUUGAUUGAUAAUAUUUCGGCGGAAGAGCCUGACGGAUUAGAGCAAGUCAUAACAAAGUUAAGGAAGCUGGGUACAGAAAGACAGAAGAAGAUUCAAAAAGCCCUCGAUGAUAUAAAGAACCACAGGGUUUCAUUGAGCUCCGAUGAUGACGAUGAUAUGAUGACAGAUGAUGAUGACUACGAUGAGGAUUACGGUGCUACUAGUAAGAGACUGCUACAAAGGUAUCUUUCGCUACAGAACAGCUUGAAACCUAAAUCAACUGCCUCAAAAACUGACGAAGUGAAUGCUACGUUUAUUUCCUCAAAACAACAUCCAAAUAUUGAAAGCAAUCUUGCAACUUUGAUGGACAGACUGAUGCUUGAGCAGAUUUAUGAUGUCCCUGCGAAGGCCCUGUUUCAUGUAAUGUUUGGGGAGUUAUCGCCCGUGUUCAAGUACACUGAUUCACCACUUUACAACCGAACCAAACUGGAGGUCAGUCCCUGGCAUAAGACAACUUCAUCAAGAUUGGAAAGGGAAAUAACAUACUUUUUCAACUCGAAAGGAAUUUUGACAGGUAGUCAAGGCUCAAGUAAUGAACGUACUACAAAUCUGCAGAGAAUAGAACGAAAGGAUGACAAUCUCGUUUACAUUGUCUAUGAUCGCAGAACCCCCUGGGAACUUCCAUAUGGUGCUACAUUCUAUGUUACUACGCGUUUCGUAAUUCAAGCUACUCGGAUAUCCCAAUGCAAGCUUUCCAUUUGGUCCAACAUCGAAUGGAUUAAGUCUGCAGGAAUUGCACGCAACGUUGUGGAAAGCCUCGUUUAUAACCACUUCAUUCAGGAAGCCAAGAAUAUCAAUGAAAGAGUUGCAGAAUGCCGUAAGCGUCUGGGCCAUCGGGGAAUGACAAAUACAGCAGUGCGGUUGUUUGGCAAGCUAGGUACUUCAGUCCAGGAUGAGACUAGGAGCUCGAAUUCAGAGUAUAGUGGUGUCGCGGGUCGGCAAGAGCAAAGAGAUACCAACCAGACACCAAUCUCGGUUACUAAGGAAUAUCUUAUAAAAGCAUCUGCUGGUGUACUAGGUGGAUGGGUUGUGAGCAUCAUAUCUAACGUGUUUAUGGUACUAGGUGGGAUUGGGCGCCGAGUGUGGCAUGAGAUAAGUUUGAGAAAAUUUUUAAUCUUGUUUCUACUUAUAUCAAUAGGCUGUAAUGUGUUCCUUUCAGCAAGGUCUACGGUGGCAUAUUGGACUGAAUCAAGGGCUUAUCAUUUGUCGAAAGACCUCAAUUUAAUUCCUAGCUCCAAUACUGCGAUGCGUCGCACAAUCUAUUUGGGUGAAAUCAGCCAAAUAAUUAAUGAUGGUAGAGGGUUCGCCAGAGGAGAAGAGCCCAGCAUGUGUCAUGAUAAAUUUAGAUCAAUAGCAUACUAUGAACCAAUUGAUGGGGCUGAUCUAGACAAGUUGGAUUUUACUGUUGCCGAUUUGGACUCACCAAAUUUCGAAUUGUCUGCCAGAUUGAACAGAAUAAGAAAUGAUAUUGGUGAAAAGAGAAACGAUCUACUUGUAAACUUGCGCCUACUGAACAGGAUUGAAGCAGAAUCUCUGUUUGCCGAGUGGAGAAGCUGGUUACUUUCCGAAUUGAAAACUUGCAAGCUGGCUACCAGGUAUACAACCAAUAUUAGCUCUGACUUGCGAUCCCACUUAGAUGCUUAUUGUGACAGUUGCCUCCAAGAGUGGGAAAGUUCAGUUUCGACGCAGGGCGUCGCCAAAGAGUUUUUGUAA